GAUUUGUCCAACAUUAAAGCUAUGUAAAGAAAAUGUGUUAAGAGGUUGAUUGGGACACUGUGUUAUGUUUUAGGGGUAAUCAAGAAGAAGAAUCUGCAUGCAAUAUCACUGUUGGACAUCUACCAAGGAAUAAAAACAUGACAAGCAAGAUGGAAACCCUUGAUCCUUCUGCUUUAUCAGCUGUCAUUUCUACUGUCACCUACGACCCUAAAUCUGAGACAGUGACCUUACCAGGAGGGGUCGUCUCAGUGGCGGGCAUCACCGUGGUGACCGGGGGUGCUGAACUGUCCUGUGGAUCAUGUAUGCUGGCCUUUGGUUUUUGGGGAACUCUCAUUGGAUUCAGUUGUGUAGCUGUCGGGCUGUGGGACCAGUUAAACCAGUCUAAAGGGGGAACCUCUCACUUACUGAUCCUGGGGUUUGUGAUUCUCAGCCUCAGUUUAGUGGUGGUAGGAAGCGUGGUGGCGUUUUACUUCCUGACAAAGAAGAAGAGAGAGAUGACCCGACAGGAGAGAGAAGAUGGAAAAGAAGUUCUUGUAGAGGAGAAUGAGAGAGUAAUUAAAAAAGUCACAGUGUAA